CAUCAGCUGAGAGCGGCGUUCACGAGCAAGGUAAAGCGGUGCUGGUCUCCUGCGGUGCAACAUGUCAGUCCGCUAUCACAACAAAGUCGUCAUUGUCACUGGAGGAUCCAAAGGGAUUGGCAGGGGGAUUGCCAGAGUAUUUGUGGAGAACGGUGCCAAAGUGGUGUUUUGUGCAAGAGGAGGUGCAGCAGGUGAGGCUCUGGAAGCAGAGCUAAACAAAGCAGGACCAGGCUCAUGUAAAUUUGUCACAUGUGACAUCUCCAAAGAGGAAGACAUCAAGCGACUGAUUGCUGUCACGGUGGAGCAUUACGGACAAAUCGACUGCCUCGUCAACAACGCAGGCUGGCACCCGCCUCAUAAACCCACGGAUGACACCACAGCAGAGGAGUUCAGGGACCUGCUGAAUUUGAACCUCAUCAGCUACUUCUUGGCUUCUAAAUAUGCGCUGCCGUACCUCAGACAGCGUCAGGGGAACAUCAUCAACGUGUCCAGUCUGGUGGCCACCAUCGGCCAGAAAGAUGCUGCACCGUACGUCGCCACCAAGGGGGCGAUCAUUUCCAUGACAAAGGCGAUGGCUGUGGAUGAGAGUCGCUACAAUGUUCGGGUGAACUGCUUUUCUCCAGGUAACGUGCGCACGCCUCUGUGGGAGGAUUUAGCAGGACAGACACCAGAUGCUGCCGCGGCCAUUAAAGCGGGGGAGAACUGUCAGCUGCUGGGUCGCAUGGGGACUGAGACUGAGUGCGGGCUGACCGCCUUAUAUCUGGCCGCUGAUGCUACUUUCUGCACCGGGAUCGACCUGCUGUUCAGUGGAGGGGCUGAACUCAACUACGGCUUCAAGAGUCAGAUCCCAUCCUGACCGUCCUGGUCUGCACGGAGUCCCCGUUGGAUGCGGGACAGCUGGUUUUUUACAGAUGAAUUUGUCUGAUGCAGAUGGUGCAUAUGUUGGAGCGUCCUGUUUACAUUACAAAGACGACUGCUGAAUGCUUAUAAAUACAGGGAAGAUGUUGAAUUCAUAAAAUAAAGUUUAUAUUCAUCACACUGAUUGGCUGAGAUAAGUCAGCUCAUAGUUUGUGGCACCCUGUGUAACCAGACCUGCACCCCUCCCCACUGCUCGACCAAUCAGAAUUAACCUCUUUGACCUUAGGUAACCUCCUCUCUGAGUCUGCCGGCGUCCGCCAAUCAGGUGUUACGGUUUUUUACACGCCUCCAACGACUUCCUGAUUGUAAUAGAUAAUGUUACCAAUCACUGUAACCAGAGCAUUAAAGCGAUUUUGUGGCUGUUUAUUA